CGAUCGAGUGAGAGAGUAAAUGAGCAAAUCGAGAUCCUCAUUUCAUCCAAGAUGACGAGUUGGAGAUCUGCUUCGGCUAGUUUUCCUUUUGCUGCUAACAUUCUAGAAAUUGGUAACACCAAGUCUCUCAAUUCUCUUGCUUUCUUCUCAUUUCUCUGUCGCCCUUGUUCUUGUUUCAGUACUCUUACUAGGGGUAGGGGGAGUGCCGAACCUAACAAAUCUUUGGGUAAGAAAUACAAAGGGAAAUAUGAAUUCGAUAAAAUUGAUGAUGCUUUGACUUUGUUUGAUCGGAUGGUCCGUUUGUAUCCCCGUCCCUCCGUGGUGGAGUUUAAUCAAUUGUUGAGUGCAGUUGUUCUAAUGAAAAAUUAUGCAGCUGUUGUUGCUUUGUGCAAAAGAAUGGAUUUUGAGGGAGUUACACAUAAUACUUUCACACUUAGCAUCAUGAUUAAUUGCUUUUGCCGUUUGGGUUUGGUGAAUUUUGGGUUUUCUAUUUUAGGGAAGAUGGUAAAGCUUGGUCUUGAGCCUAAUGUUGUUACAUUCAGCACCUUAAUCAACGGGCUCUGUGUACAAGGGAAAUUUGCUGAAUUAGUGAGAGUAUUUGAUCAGAUGGUUCGGGAUGGACAUCAACCAAAUUUAAUUACUUACAACACGAUAGUAAAUGGUCUGUGUAAACUAGGAAGAACUGGCGACGCUGUUUUAUUGUUGCAGAAGAUGGUAGAAGGAGGUUUCCAGCCUGACAUUGUCACAUACAGUACCAUCAUAGACAGCCUUUGUAAGGAUGGGCUAAUAACAGAGGCUCUAAUCCUCUUCUCUAAAAUGAAGGACAAAGGCAUUCUUCCAAAUGUCUUCACCUAUAGUUCCUUGAUUCAUGCCAUGUGUAACUCAGGAAUGAGGAAGGAAGCUAAAAAUCUAUGGGAUGAAAUGGUUGGUCAGAAAAUCAAGCCAAAUGUAGUCACUUAUGGUAUAUUAGUAAAUGCAUUUUCAAAGGAGGGGAUGGUUUUGGAGGCUCAAAAUGUGGUUGAAACAAUGAUUCGGCAAGGUCUUCAGCCUAAUGUUGUCACAUAUUCCUCAUUGAUGGAGGGAUAUUGUUUGCGAGGCGAAAUGGAUGAAGCCAAAAAAGUAUUUGAUUUGAUAAUUUAUAAGGGUUACACACAAGAUGUAAUUAGUUAUAGCACCAUGAUUGAUGGAUAUUGUAAAGCCAAAAUGAUAGAUGAGGCAAUGGAGCUCUUCCAUGAAAUGUCUCAUAUGGGAUUAGUACCCGAUACUGUAACUUACAGCACUCUUAUAAUGGGAAUGUGCAAUGUUGGAAGGCUAUCGACUGCACAUGAACUUUUCAAGAAGAUGGUUGUUUGUGGUCAAGUUCCAAACUCGAUGACUUAUUCAAUUUUGCUGGAUGGCUUGUGCAAACAUGGUCACAUUCACAAGGCGCUGGAACUGUUUCAAGCAAUGAAAAAAAGCGGAUUUCAACCUACAAUUGUGCAUUACAAUGUUCUAAUUGAUGGCUUGAGUGAAACUGGACAAAUUAAAGUUGCCAAGGAAUUAUUUUCUGGACUUUCUAUGAAAGGGUUGCAAGCUACUGUUUACACAUAUACAAUAAUGAUUAAGGGACUUUGCAUAGCUGGGCUACCAGAUGAAGCGUAUGAAUUGUUCAAAAAAAUGGAAGAGGAUGGCUGCAUGGCAAAUAGCUGCACUUACAAUGUGAUGAUUCAGGGAUUCCUACGAAACAAUUAUAUGUCAAGAGCAAGGCAACUAAUUGAUGAAAUGGUUGGUAAUGGAUUUUCUGCAGAUGUAACUACUGCAGCCAUGGUAGUGGAUCUAUUAUUAAGCGAUGGCAAAGAUCUACUGCCUAUCAAAAAAAUUGAUGCUAGUGAAGUUGAUAAUUGGGGCAGGUGUAAAGUACUAAAAUGACUUAAAUAACUUAUUCUUUGUUGCUACAGCUAUUCUUAACAAAUAUCUUAGCAUAUGGAGGAAUAUGUGGUUUUCUCACUUCCCUAUCCUCUUUCUCGUUCUACAUAAUUGAUCUUGUCUGUGCUUUUGCAGCAGAAUCCAAUCUAUAGUUUCCAUUUGACUGUCUUGAUUUAAGGAAUAAAGGGAGCCUAAUUAGAGGAACUUCUUUCUCCAGAUAAAGUUUACUUGGGGCUUGAUAUAAAUCUUUUUCUUGUGUAGGAAAUACAUUGCUGGUGGUUCUAUAUGAUUUAACUUUUCUAUUAUUUUGCAUUUGGGGUUCUGCUACUCUUAUUAGUAAUAUUAUUAUUUUUUUUUGGGGGGGGGGGGGGUGUUGAGGGGGUCGUUUGCUGCUAAAUCUUCUAUGCAAGUUGUCUUUCUUCUUCUUGCAGCAUGUUGUUAUUGUUCCCUCAUUUUGCUGGAGUUCUGCUUUUGUCAUGAUGUGCUGCCUCACUUUGCUCUGCAACUUCAUUUUUUAUUUGCUUUGGAUGUUUGCCUUCUAGUUUCUGUGAAAAAAAUAACUGCUUUCUGCUGUUUCUAGAUAAUUUUUGGGGAUAUUUGAAUUGGAGCUUCCUAGAGUGUCCUGGAGGUUCUGCAAGUUAUGAUUGUUGGAAGUGGACGCUACUGCUAUUUUCCAGAAAAAUGCUUGGAGCCUAUGUGUGAUUAAAACUCCUGAGAAAUUUUGAGUUAUAAGUGUGUGUCAUCUGAGUGCUUUAUCCCAUUGCUGUGUUUUACAUUUUAUUCUAUUAGGAUCCAUUUUAUAAAUUGUUGCAGCCAUC